UUCCAAUGUGUUUUCACUCAACACUCUUUUCAAAAGCACAUUGCCGAAACAAAGUUCUUUAGAUCUGCUCCUCUGUUUCUUUCCCACACCUUCUAUUCUCUGUUUUCUUUGCCUAAAUGCCUUCUUCUUCCUCCUCCUAAUUUCACUUCCAUUCUUGUUCUUCAUUUACCGAAAUUCCACUUCAUUCCAUUGAAUUCAGCUGAACCCAGCUGGGGGUGCCUUGAAUGUUGCUGUUUCAGAGGAAUGGCUGGAGCUCCAGUGAGUGAAGUAUUCCGGUGACGUUGAAGAUUGGCGAAGAUGUUCAAGUCGGCGAGGUGGAGGAAUGAGAAGAACAGGAUCAAAGCUGAGUUCAAAUUGCAAUUCUGUGCGACUCAGGUAUCGGAAUUUGGUGGGGAUUCAUUGAUGAUAUCUGUGAUUCCUGGUGAUGUGGGGAAGUCGACGGUGAAACUGGAAAAGGCUACAGUGCGAGGAGGAAAAUGUCGGUGGGAGAAUCCGGCUUAUGUAACAGUUAAGUUUGAUGUAGACCAAAAAACUGGAAAGUUCACUGAGAAAAUCUACCAUUUUCGAGUCUCUACGGGAUUGAUCAAAGCUGGUUUAGUUGGUGAAGUUUCUAUUGAUUUUGCUAAAUAUGCGGAGGCCACCAAGCCUUUCUCUGCUUCUCUUCCCCUCCAGAAUUCAAAUUCUGCAGUUUUGCAUAUUUGGAUACAGAGGAUUCAGGAACAUGCUGAUCAAAGAGAUGUGGAUGAAUACGAGGGUUUGAAAUCUAGAUCUCAAGACGAGAGCUUAAGCAGCUACUUGAACAACGAGGAUGCAAACAAGAACAGUCAAACUGAAGUAAGAUUGCUUCCCCAGUACGCCAAAAAUGGUGGGUUAAGUGAUGAAGCUGAAAGAAAUGGUGAAAUAAAUGGUGAACAUAGAACAUCAAGUGGAUCUGACAUUACUUUGUCAAGUUAUGAGAGUAGCUCUGGACUUGACAGUCCAAUAGAAAAUGGGAUUAGGAAUAACACCCAUCAGCAACCUAAUGGCUAUCUUUCACCAUUAAACCACUCCCCGGUUUCUCACAAAUCACCUGCUCGUGACGAGAAUUUGACAUUCCCUUGGAAGUGGUCGAUCCAAUCUGAUCAUGUAGCAACACCGGAUGAUUCGCGAGUCAAUGGCAUUGUAUUAGGAAGGUCGAAAAAGGAAGCUGAUAUUGAGAUUGAGGAACUGAAGACUGAGCUUUCUGUUUCGACCAGACGGGCGGACAUGUUGGAUAUGGAAUUGCAGACACUUCGGAAACAGAUAGUGAAAGAAAACAAAAGGAGCCAGGAUCUUAUGGGUGAGAUUUCUAUCUUCAAGGCAGAGAGGGAUGAAUGGAGAGCAGAAUGUGAGAAGUUGAAGGGAUUUCAAAAGCACGUGGAUGAUGCAAAAGUUAAAAACAAGUUGCAGUUUGAUGGAGGUGAUCUGCGGGCUCUAUUAGAAGAAAUGAGACAAGAACUGAAUUAUGAGAAAGACCUGAAUGCCAAUCUUCGGUUACAGCUACAGAAAACUCAAGAAUCAAAUACCGAGUUAAUAUUAGCUGUACAAGAUCUUGAGGAGAUGCUGGAACAGAAGAACUGUGAAAUAUCAGAUCUUUAUACCGAGGAGUCCAAGAAGGCUGAAGAAAUGAAAAUUACUUGUUCAAAAUGUCAAAUAGAAGAGGAUGAGGAGCUAAAAGCACUUGAAAAUCUUGUGAAUGAUCAAAAGAAUGAUAGAAAAGCAUAUGUGCUGGAGCAAAAAGUGAUGGAACUCUACAAUGAAAUAGAACUACAUAUGCGAGAUAAGGAUGAGCUUGCGAUGCAAAUGGAGCAGCUUGCACUUGAUUAUGAGAUAUUGAAACAGGGAAACCAUGAUCUUUCCCGAAAACUGGAGCAAAGUCAACUUCGGGAGCAAUUGAAGAUACAGCAUGAGUCCUCUUCUGCUGCUACGAUAAAUGAGCUUGAAAAGAAGAUCCAGGGUCUCGAAAAUGAACUUAAGCAGCAGUCGACUGAAUAUUCUAAUACGUUAGCUACAAUCAGGGAACUUCAAUCCCAUGCCAGAAGCUUGGAGGAAGAACUUGAGAAGCGGGAGCAAGAUUUCGAAGCCGACUUGGAGGCAAUGACACUUUCCAAGGUUGAGCAAGAGCAAAGGGCUAUACGAGCAGAAGAAGCUUUAAGAAAAAUGAGGUUAAGAAAUGCUCAUACUGCAGAAAAGCUUCAGGAGGAAUUUGGAAGACUGUCCAAGCAGAUGACUUCUACAUUUGAGGCAAAUGAGAAUGUGGCUUUGAAAGCACUAGCAGAAGCUAGCGAGCUUCGCUCACAGAGAAGUCACUUGGAAGAAGCUCUCCAGAAAGCAAAUGAAGAGCUACGAUCUGUGAGAGAAAAUUAUGAGGAAAAAUUGCAGGAGCUUUCUCAUCAAAUCAAGAGCUACUCAAGUCAGAUAGCACAAAUGAUAUCGGAACUUGAGACAAAGUCCAAACAACUCGAACAUCAGAAGAAAAACGAGGAUAUGAAGUUUGAAUCUUCCUCUCAGGAAAUCCAAAUGCUCAAAUCCGAGAUUGACCAUCUCAUAGGAGAGAAUGGUAAUCUUAAAGAACAAGCCGGACAGGUAGAGAUUAUGAGAGUAGAAUUAGAUCAAAUGAAGACACUAGUUAUAGAAACCGAAAAGCUAAUACAAACAAGAAAUACAGAAAGAAAUGAGCUGGAGAGUACAGUUGUAUUGGCGAAAAAAGAAUCGAAUAUAUUACUGGACGAGUUGGAGAAAUUGAGGAAUGCGAAAGAUGAAAAGGAGACUUUGGUGGGACUUCUACAAUCAGAGUUGCAGAAUCUCAAAGUUGAAUGCAAUGACUUAAAGCAUUCUUUGACCGAGGAUGAGAUGGAGAAAGAGAAACUUAGAAAGCAGGUAUUGCAACUCAAAGGUGAACUGAAGGAGGCAUGUAAUAAUUAUGAGAAAAAGCUCAAGCAUAACAAUGGACGUGGGGCAACUCCUGGGGGAAACAAAACUGCUCCAAAACAGAAAUUAAACCCAGUUUCUAAUGGCUCUGCUGAAGUUGCAAAUUUGAGGGAGAAAAUCAAAAUCCUCGAGAGACAGAUAAAACUAAAUGAAAGCGCCUUAGAAACAUCAGAGAGCUCAUGUCUCCAAAAGGAAGAGGAAUUCUGCAAUAGAAUCAUAGAGUUGGAGAAAAGACUGGAAGAUCUAAACCAUUCGGAAACAUGUCAAAAGGUAACCAACGAUCGAAAUGACACUACUUCACAUGGAGGAAUAUCAGAGGAGACGAGAAAGACAGCGGACAACUUAAGCAAUAAAUUAUCAGUCAAUAGCAACAAGAAUUCAUUUGAAACAGCGCCAAAACUACCUGCUGUUGAUGAUAGAGAUGGCAACCUUGCUAAACUGUUGACAGAAUUGUCAACAUUAAAAGAAAAAAACCAAUCGAUGGAAAGUGAACUAAAGGAUAUGCAAGAGAGAUAUUCAGAGAUAAGUCUUAAGUUUGCAGAAGUAGAAGGUGAAAGGCAGCAGCUAGUAAUGACUGUGCGCAAUCUCAAGAAUGCAAAGAGGAAUUAACUCUUCUCUAACACACUUGUACUUGAAUACCCAUAUAUAUUGUAUAGUUGAGAAGCUCCUUUUACUAUAGUGAAUAAAUUAAUUGUAUAUUGUAUUUGUUUCCACUCAAAAGUUUACCCCUGCCCUUGUUGGGUUACAGAAAAAGCUCAGUGUUAGAUCUCCAUCAAUGUCCAGCCAUUCUUGUAAACUUGAUAUGGAGAAAAUGAUAGUUAAUGGAUAAUAGUUAUUCUCAUGAUUGAAAAGGAAAAGAAACAUGUACAUAAACAAAUUUCUUCUCUCCU